GGAUUUAUCGUGACGUCACAUCCUGAAGAAAGCUUUGCCUCCUACUUUUUGUCGGGACCUGGGAGAGGAAAAAUUAUCCCGCAGAGGUAAACGCGUUGUAAAGAAGAAAAAAGAAGACGAAAGAGGAACAAGUUACGAACCAUGGACGUGUACAAGGUUGCUGUUUAGUCGUCUAUCAUGCAAGCGGACGUCCUCUCGCCGUGAAUUGAUUAUUUUGUGUGGCAGUGUAACCCCCCCCACCACUCAUACCCCGCCGCCAUCUCUCCCAUAAUGCUCAGUUUCCUGCGCAGGACGCUGGGCAGACGGUCCAUCCGGAAACAUGCAGAGAAAAGUCGGUUACGGGAGGCCCAGCGAGCCACGACGCACAUCCCCGCUGCUGGGGACGCAACGUCUGUCAUCACCUGCCGCGUGUCCUUACUGGACGGGACGGACGUCAGCGUUGACCUGCCGAAAAAAGCAAAAGGCGAGGAGCUGUUUGACCAGAUCAUGUACCACCUGGACAUCGUAGAGAAGGACUACUUCGGACUUCGCUUCAUGGACUCUGCACAAGUGCCGCACUGGCUUGAUGUUACAAAAAGUAUCAAGAAACAAGUUAAAAUUGGCCCACCGUACUGCCUUCACCUGAGGGUUAAGUUUUACUCCUCAGAACCAAACAACCUGCACGAGGAGCUCACCAGAUACCUCUUUGUGUUACAGUUAAAGCAAGACAUCCUCAGUGGCAAGCUAGAAUGUCCGUUUGACACCGCGGUGGAGCUGGCUGCCUUCUCGCUACAGGCUGAGCUCGGGGAUUGUGACCCAUUAGAACAUAAUCUGGACCUGGUGUCAGAGUUUCGUUUCACCCCCAACCAGACAGAGGACGUGGAGCUGGAGAUAUACAACAAGUGGAAGGAGUGCAGAGGUCAGAUGCCAGCCCAAGCUGAAAUAAACUACCUGAAUAAAGCCAAGUGGCUGGAAAUGUAUGGUGUGGACAUGCAUAUGGUCAAGGCAAGAGAUGGCAAUGAGUACAGUCUGGGUUUGACACCCACUGGAGUUCUGGUGUUUGAAGGGGAAACCAAGAUAGGGCUCUUCUUCUGGCCCAAGAUCACUUGUCUGGAUUUUAAGAAGAGCAAACUGACGCUUGUGGUAGUGGAGGACGAUGACCAGGUGAACGGCAAAGAACAGGAGCACACUUUUGUCUUCAGGAUGGACCACCCCAAGGCCUGUAAGCACCUCUGGAAGUGUGCCGUAGAGCACCAUGCCUUCUUUAGGCUGAGAGGGCCGGUCCAAAAGAACUCUGCAAGCUCCGGGUUCAUCCGCAUGGGAUCACGCUUCAGAUACAGUGGGAAGACUGAGUAUCAGACAACCAAGGCCAACAAAGCCAGACGGUCCGCCUCCUUUGAGAGAAGGCCCAGUCGCCGGUACUCCAGGAGAACCAUGCAGAACAGAGGAGCGUUCCAUCCCCAGGAGAUUCUGUCCUCAGGCAACGGCUUCAGCUCCAGCAGAGGCAUCAAGGCUCCUCCCGGUAGAAGUGCCUGGUCCUCGGCGCCCGUGGUCACCCCAGCAUCUGCUUCUGCCUGUGCACCCAUGGAAAUUGAAGCUCUACCCAGGAGUCCUGGAGGAGAAAAGAGGAGCCUCCCCGCGGUCGCUGACCUGAUGGAGACGUGCAUUGAUGACGUCCUCAGGGCCCCUGUCAACCCCGCCGAGACGUCCGCGGACGAGGCCGGACCGAGCUGCGCCUACGCACCCCCCGGCGCCACCGGGGAAGACCCCCUCGGCCUCGCUGAAGCGGCCGCUCGGCUGAAGCAGCUGGAGUUGGAGAGCAGCCCGCUUCUCGCCGCUCCAAAGAACGUCAACGUCAACAUGGCCAUGAACAAUCAGGAGGACGUGGUGAAGCUCACGGAGAAGUGUGGACUGAGCAGCGCCGGCGGCAGUCCCGUCGUCGCGGCGCUCUGCCCCCCAGAGGAUCUGAAGAGCAACAUCCUGAAGGCGCAGGUGGAGGCCGCUGCCCUCAAGGGAUCUUUGGAGGAACAUGUCGUGGUUGUUGGUGAUAAAAACUGUAACCUGCAGGAGGCCUCAGCAAGGUUGAAGGUUCGUUCCGGGCGACUGGGCAGCAACUCGUCUCUGUCCCUCAGCAGCCGCCCUGAAGUCCCCGAGUCCCGGGACCUGCUCAAGUCAGGGGCCAGUGCAGAGAGGCUCGCCAACGAUCUGCACCCGGCUGCUCCCAAGGUUCCUCUGACUCCCUCGGAGUCUGCCAGCGAGGGCGCGGCGCCGAAGGGAAAAGCUGAGGAACUUCACAACAUCGGCCCGCUGUCCGACAACCUGAUCGACUUCACGGACGCUGCUCCCGUGUUACCACCAGUGCAGCAGCCCAAACCUCCCAUCACGCCUCGCUGGAUCAUUCCUGCUGCUGCUCCUCCCGGCGCCUUUACUAACGGCCUCCUCGACCUUGACCCCCCUGCUAAGGUCAACCCUCUCCUCCCUGCAGAUGGGGGAGCCGCUGUCACCCCGGCCCUCCCCCACCUCGUGCACACACAUAACACCAUCUCUGGCAGCUCUGCAGCCCCGGAGGACGGAGCCAAACCCAGAGGUCUCCUGACCACUGAGCUCUGAUGGAGAGACGAGGAGCGGCCAUCACCACCCCCCCCCCCCCCCUACACACACACACACACACACACACACACACACACACCGAGGUUGUGAGGGACGUUGCACCCACACUGACGCACAUACGGGACAAACUGAACUUGGCACACAGGAGAAUUAUAGGAAUGUGAUGACAGUUUCUUUUCGAGACGACGUGACGCGUAGCCUAGUUUUUGUUAAUCGUGUAGCUUCGGUGUGGACGUCCUCAGGAGACCUAACUGCCGAGUCUCCGUCUCUCUCGCUGGUUUGCUGCAGAGGGGAAGUCGGGUCUGACGCUCUAAAGUCUCUCGGCACUGAAGGGAAACAAAAGCAAAAGGGAACGCUGCUUUUCUCCCGUUUGUUGUUUUUUAAUUCCUCCCUUUUUAGUUUUAUUACUGUUCAUUCACACCACUGGAUCGGGUUCACUGGAUGAAGGACCAGAACAAUCCAGCUGACGCUGUAUGAAGACCACUGGAAAUGUUUUGCAACACUGGAGCUUGAAAUCGACGUUUUGCAUCGGACGACGACGUAGCUGACCGCUUUUUUUAUUUUUAUCCUGCUCCUACUUUCCCUUUUUGAACGUUGUAAUCAUUGAUGAAGUCCGUUGUGUUACUUUGUGAACUCGUCGUGACUCUGAGUAACACUGAGGUUUGUGUAAAGUCAUCCCAUCCUCGAAGCCUCUACCUGCGAUGAUCUUUACCUUGAAAAUCAACGACGUAAAUGCAAGAGGCCGCUUUGGGUGGAUUGUGAAGUGAUUUGCAGAAGAUGCUGCUGGGAUGAAUGUGCUGCAGCUUCUGCCUUAUGGAAAAGAAUGUACUCGGAUGUGAGAAGGCUGAACCACGCGCUCUCUGGGUCUGAUCCGCUUCCCAACUGGAGGGAAACAUCUCAACCAUCCCAUUUCGUCAUGUGUCACGUUCUUAACCUCAAUACGAUAGACAUUGUAACCACUAAAGUCACAGCCUCAUUUCAGUCUUGUCUGUGAACAAAGGGAGCCGACUCUCUUAUUUAUGCCACUGCUCGCUGUUCAGAUAUUUGUCCGAAAGUGUUGUAACAGUUUUAAAGUAUUGUCAGUAUAAUGGCAUCAGCUGGCUGUAGAUAUGAAGUAGAUUUAUAUAUUUUCUUUUUUGGGGAAAAUAAUGUUGGCAGUAUUGUUAUGACACACUGAGAAGAUUCCUGCUUUGAGGAGGUCUGUAAUUACAAAAUAAGUAGGAAAUGUGUCACUGAUCAGGCUGACUGGAAAUACAGAUUGUGACCUUUCAAAUGCAAUUUUAUAUAUACUUAUAUUUUUUUUCUGGAAUGCCUGAUCAUGACUCAGUAAAGCUUUGCUACAGUAGAA